CAAGCCGGUCAGCUGACGCGGCCCAACUGCGCCGUCAUCCCGGCUAUAAGCGCGCGACCUCCCGGGCUCUCCGCUUCGACCGGGCCGCCGCCGCCAUGCAGACGCCCAGCCUGCUGCCGCUGCUGCUCGCCCUCGGCCUGCUGGCCGCACCCGCCGCCGCGGUCAUCAGGAUCCCACUGCACAAGUUCACGUCCAUCCGCCGGACCAUGUCGGAGGCGAUGGGCCCCGUGGAACACCUGAUUGCCAAGGGCCCCAUCUCGAAAUAUGCCACUGGGGAGCCAGCUGCGAGGCAUGAGCCAGUCCCCGAGCUGCUCAGGAAUUACAUGGAUGCCCAGUACUACGGGGAGAUCGGCAUCGGGACGCCUCCGCAGUGCUUCACGGUGGUCUUCGACACCGGCUCUGCCAACCUGUGGGUCCCGUCCAUCCACUGCAAGCUGCUGGACAUCGCCUGCUGGACCCACCACAAAUACAACAGCGGCAAGUCUAGCACGUACGUGAAGAACGGCACAACCUUCAGCAUCCACUACGGCUCAGGCAGCCUCUCGGGGUACCUGAGCCAGGACACCGUGUCGGUCCCCUGUAACCCGUCCUCGUCCAGCCCGGGCAGUGUCACGGUGCAGAGGCAGACCUUCGGGGAGGCCAUCAAGCAGCCGGGCGUGGUCUUCAUCGCGGCCAAGUUCGACGGCAUCCUGGGCAUGGCCUACCCCCGCAUCUCCGUCAACAACGUGCUGCCUGUCUUCGACAAUCUGAUGCAGCAGAAACUGGUGGAGAAGAACAUCUUCUCCUUCUUCCUGAACAGGGACCCGAAAGCCCAGCCCGGGGGCGAGCUGAUGCUGGGCGGGAUCGACUCCAAGUACUACAGAGGCAGCCUGGCGUACCACAACGUCACCCGCAAGGCCUACUGGCAAAUCCACAUGGACCAGCUGGAUGUGGGCAGCAGUCUGACCGUGUGCAAGGGCGGCUGUGAGGCUAUCGUGGACACGGGCACGUCCCUGAUCGUGGGCCCUGUGGAGGAGGUGCGGGAGCUGCAGAAGGCCAUCGGGGCCGUGCCGCUGAUGCAGGGCGAGGUGAGCGCCGGCAGGGCUGGGGGUCGGGCACCCCCACCGCCGGGCCCCCCGCUCACCGGCUUCCCUCUAACCCCCCCGCAGUACAUGAUCCCCUGCGAGAAGGUGUCCAGCCUGCCUCAGGUCACCGUGAAACUGGGGGGUAAGGACUACACGCUGUCCCCGGAGGACUACACGCUCAAGGUGUCACAGGCCGGGACGACCGUGUGCCUGAGCGGCUUCAUGGGCAUGGACAUCCCCCCGCCCGGCGGGCCGCUCUGGAUCCUGGGGGACGUCUUCAUCGGGCGCUACUACACCGUGUUCGACCGGGACCAGAACCGCGUGGGCCUGGCCGAGGCCGCCCGGCUCUAGCUGGCCCCCGCCCGCUGGUAGAGUCCGGAGGAGGAGGGCCACACACACUCACACUCACGCGCACACUGCACUCACGCACCACAGCCCGGUUCUCCCGAGGCCCGUCGGGCUGCAGUUCCGCUCUGUGGCUUCCCCUCCCUGGUGUCUGAAACGUUGCUUGCUUGUCUGUCUGUCUGUCUGUCUGUCUGUCUGAUGGGGAGGCGGCCCCGGUGCAGAGUCCUCUCUCUGACUUGGAAGACACAGCCUGUUAGGUGGCUGUGUGUCCCGGGACCCCCGCCCCGGGUGGUUCCCUCAGGCCGGCUGCCCUCCCGGUCGCUCCGCCCGCCUGUCCUGGUCCUGGACACCAUGAGGGAGGGGCCUGCUGAGGCCUGAGGACGAGCCGGCAAGGGUAGCAGGGGCCAGAAGCCAGUCUCGCGGGGCCGUGCCGGGGCUCACCUCGUCGCGGAGGGCGUCCAGGGCAUUCUCUGGCCCCAGGUGGGGUGGCAUCGGAGGGGAGGGCACUGGGGCCGGCCUUCUCUGUGGCCGCCCCUUUCUUGAGUGGCUGGGAGCCAAAGUUGGCACAAAAAUAAAAUUGUUCAGGCCUC